AUGGUGGAAGAAUCUACUGACAUGGAAGUUCAAGCAUCAUCAUUGCCUGCUAAACCAAUCUUUAAGCCACUCAAGGCUCAUGACAUGUCUGAUGGCAAGGUUCAGUUCAGAAAGGUACCCGUCCCACCAAACCGCUACUCUCCUCUCGAAAAAGCUUGGUUAGAUAUCUACACUCCUGUCUACAACCAGAUGAAAGUGGACAUCCGCAUGAAUCGAAAAUCCCGCAAAGUCGAGCUCAAAACCCUAGCUGACACUCCCGAUGUCAGUAACCUUCAGAAGUCUGCUGAUUUCGUACACGCAUUCAUGCUCGGUUUCGAUAUCCCUGACGCUAUCUCACUCCUGAGAAUGGACGAGCUCUAUGUCGAAUCUUUUGAGAUCAAGGAUGUCAAGACGCUUAAAGGUGAGCAUCUGUCUCGAGCUAUAGGGAGAUUGUCAGGGAAAGGAGGGAAGACCAAAUUCGCGAUUGAGAACUCUACAAAGACAAGGAUUGUGAUCGCAGACACGAGGAUCCACAUCUUGGGAGCUUUCUCUAACAUUAAAAUCGCGAGAAAUUCGUUGUCUAGUCUCAUCAUGGGAUCUCCUGCUGGCAAGGUUUACUCCAGGCUACGAGCAGUCGCUCAACGGUUUUGA